GGAGAAGCCGGAGGAGCCGCUCUCGGGGAUGCGGGAGCGGGAGCGGCCGCCCAAGGCCAAGAAGCUGAAGCGGGAGCGGAAGGAGGAGCCGGAGCCGGAGCCGGACCCGGCGCAUCCGUCCUCGGAGCCGGCGGAGGCCGGGAAGGCCGAGAGCUCGGAGGGCGCCGCGGCGGCGCCGGCGGCUCCGGAGGCCUCGGCCUCGCCCAAGCAGCGCCGCUCCAUCAUCCGGGACCGCGGGCCCAUGUACGACGACCCCACCCUGCCCGAGGGCUGGACCCGCAAGCUCAAGCAGCGCAAAUCCGGCCGCUCCGCCGGGAAGUACGACGUCUACUUGAUCAACCCGCAGGGCAAAGCGUUCCGCUCCAAGGUGGAGCUCGUCGCCUACUUCGAGAAGGUCGGGGACACGUCGCUGGACCCCAACGACUUCGACUUCACGGUGACGGGGCGCGGGAGCCCCUCGCGGCGCGAGCAGCGCCCGCCCAAGAAACCCAAACCCGCCAAGAGCGCCGGCACCGGCCGCGGCCGCGGCCGCCCCAAAGGCAGCGGCGCCCCCAAAGCCCCCAAAGCGGCGGCGGCGGCGGCGGCGGCCGAGGCGGCUCCGGCGCCGCUCAAACGGGGGGCGCUGGAGAAGAGCCCCGGGAAGCUGCUGGUGAAGAUGCCGUUCGGGGCCGGCGCGCGCGGGGACGCCGGAGCCGGCGCCGCCACCACCUCGGCGCAGGUGCUGGCCGUGAAGCGCCCGGGCCGGAAGCGGAAAGCGGAGCCGGACCGGCACGGCGGCGCCCCCAAGAAACGGGGCCGCAAACCGGCGGCGGGAGGAGGCGGCGGCGCCGGCGGAGCCGCGGCGCUGGCGGCAGCGCCCGAAGCCAAGAAGAAGCCCUUGUCAGCGGCGGCGGCGCCGGCCGUGCAGGAGACGGUGCUGCCCAUCAAGAAGAGGAAGACGCGGGAGCCGGUGCUCUUGGAAGCGGCCAAACCGGCGCCGGCGCCCCCCGAGCGCGGCCCCCGCGGCCCCCGCAGCGCCCGCGGCAGCCCUAAGGGCCGCGGUGGCGGUGGUGGCGGUGCCGCGGUGCCGGCGCCCGGCAGGAGGGAGCUGGGGGGGUCCCCGGUGCCGAGCGAGCCCCCCCCGGUGAGCCCCAAGGACAGCGGCAGCCCCCCCCCCGCGGCGCAGGACUGCAGCGGCUGCUCCGAGCACCGCGGCGCCGCGGCGGCGCCCGACGGCUGCGCCACGGCAAAGACUCCGCUGCACCGGGCGGGGGGGGCGGGCGGGGGGGAGCCCGAGCACAAGGACGCUGCUUCCUCCUCCUCCUCCUCCUCCUCGUCCUCGUCCUCCUCCUCCUCUUCCUCCUCCUCGUGCUCGUCCUCGUCGGCGCCGCCGCCGCCCCCCCCCCCCGCCCAGCGCCGCGGUGCCGCGGCCGCCGCCGCCGCCGCCCCCCCCGCGACGAGCCGGUCGACACCAGGACGCCUGUGCCCGAGCGGGUCAGCUGACUGUGAGCCAACCAAUCACGGACCCAGGAUGGACACGUGGAACCCCCCCACCCCCACCCCCCUUUUCCAUCACCCCGACCCCCCCCUCCCCCCUCCAUCCCACCCCCCCCUUUCUAUGACCGAGAAGCACAGCGAGACCCCCCCACCCGCACUAAGGGGGGGGUGGCCCCGGGGACCCCCCUCUCUGAGGUGGGGGGGGGUAAGGGGGAGUUUGGGGGGGCCGGGGGGGGGGGGUUUGGGGUCCGUCCCCCCCCCCCAAUGUCGCCGCUUCAUUCGUUCUUCCAGUUCCGUUCCCCCGUUUUUAGGUAGGAACCAUUUGCACUAAGGGGGGGGCCGGGGGGGGCGCCGUCCAAUGGGAGCAGCGGGGGCCAAGCAGGAGCCAAUCAGGAGCGGUUUGGUCGGGAGGGGAUCCAGCGUUGAGCCAAUCAGGAGGGGGGCGUUGGGGUGGAGCCGAGCGGGAGGUGGGUUUGAGCCAAUCAGGAUGGAGUCGGGAUCCGCUCUGGAGCCAAUCAGCGGAGGCGUGCGUUAGGGAUGGGAGCCAAUCGGGAGCAGCUUUCGGCUCGGCUGGGAUCCAGCCUGGAGCCAAUCAGGAGUUACUGGUGGUUGGGAUCUGGUGCGGAGCCAAUCGGCAGCUUGCGGGGCGGAGCCGGGGCUGAGCCAAUCAGGAGUGGGGAGGCGGGUCCGUGGGGAGCAUUGAGUGGCUGGAGGGGGUUUGGUGCCGGCCAAUCAGAGGGCGUCGGGGGCGGGCAGAUUCUGGGUCACUCCAGCUGGAGGCGGGGUCCGGCCGGGAGCCAAUCAGCAGCGGCUUGGGAUUGGAGGCUGGAUCCGGUCUCCGUCCAAUCAGGAGGCGCGCUGUGUUGGGGCGGGAUCCAGUCUAGAACCAACCAGGGGAGACCAGUCGGGAGCCAAUCAGGGGUGACCGUGGCUUGGGGGCGGGAUCUCGUUUAGAGCCAAUCAGGAGAGAUUGUGACCUUGGAGUGGGAUCGAGUCUGGAGCCAAUCAGGAACGACCGUGGUGUGGGGGCGUGGGGGGGCAGGAUCCACUUUGGAGCCAAUCAGAGCUGGCAGCCGCUCGGGGCGGGCUGUGCCCCAGAGCCAAUCAGACGUGGCGUGUGCCGGGGCGGGAGCCAAUCAGGCGCGAGCGUUGGGGUGUGGGACCCAGCUGACCAAUGGGGAGUCACUGGGGGGGGGUCCCCAGCCCGGGGGGGCCCCGUCCUGCACUUUCCCGGGGGGGGGGGCCCCCCCCUUUGUUCUUCCACCACCCCCCCGCACCCCCCCGGCCCCGGCUCCUCAUGGCAAUAACGGGGGGGGGGGGGACCCGCGGCGCCGGGGGCAGGACAUGGAGGGGGGUUGCCCCAUGGGGGCGGGUCCAUUGGGGGGGUCCGGGGGGGGCCCGUGGGGGGGGGUCGCACCUAUUUAUUCUCUUUAGUGGCGCGAGACGUUUUGCCUUAUAAAUUUACAUGAAACCCC